AUGUUGAUGGUACCGUUUGGUAGUGCUAUGAUCCAAAAUAUAGUGAAGGAGAAUCAAGAUACCCAACAAACCUUGGCAGAACUUUCAACAAAUAUUUCCUUGCUGACGAAGAAGUUCGAUGAAUCCCAGAUCAAGAAGGUAAAUGUUUGUGAGGAGGAGGCAGUUUUACCAAAAGGGAUGUACCAUGCUCAAGAUGGUCCGUUCCACGAAGGGCCCCCUAUGCAGAUUGAAGAUGCUAAUUAUGUAAAUAACUCUCAAGGGGGUUACCAAAGGCAGAAUUACCAGGGUGGUUAUCAGGGUCAGAAUCAAUGGAGACCUCAACAAGGUCAAGGUGCUUAUAACAACUCUGGGAACUACAACAAUCAUUAUGGUGGUGCGAACCAAGGGAGCUACAACAACAGUAAUAAUUUUGGGAACAAGAGUUCCAAUCCUUAUAUACCACCAAAAGGGCAGUCAACAGAGCAAGGUAGUUCGAAGGUUGAGUCGAUGCUUGAGAAGAUUCUAGCAAUCGCCUAA